AAACGUCAUGAAGCGUGACAGUUAGCUCAUUAUACGCGACUAUGAACCGUAUGAAAGAACCGUUCAAUUCUAAAACAAAAGACUCGCCAUACGAGCUCCAUGAACCAGUACUAGUCCAGUGACACUUGAAUGUACGCACUUACGGGGACAUGCGAGUUGUAAUGGACGAUUAUAAAUGGAGAUAUUUUUAGCAAAUAUGAUGGGUCGACUCUAUUGAAUAUGGAAAUACUGAUCAGACCACAACCAAUAGCUAUAAGGAGCCUUUCACCAAGCUAAGGCGCAGCGACUGUUAAACGAAUUGUGCAAAUAGCAUUCGGCAUGUUUUAUAGAUAGACUUCAAAAAUACAUUAUACAGACACUAGAAUUAUCGACGUUUCUCUCAAGGUUCAUUAGAUCAUUUAAGCGCUUGGCAAAUCAUAUCGGCUUUCUAGAAAUUUAUCACAGGCCGUGAUUUAGAUGUUGUCAAGACGAAAAACGACUCACGUCAAGCCAGGCAAUGAGAAAGUAAUUUGUUGCCGCGUCACAAGGGUGAAUUUCGACAAGCUAUUGACAGGGAAUUCAAACGGGUAUUGAUCUAAGUUUUCAUUAAUUCCUGCGUUUCUCUUGGCCGUGUGUACAGGCACAGAUAAGGCAGCAUUACAUGCAAGACAUUUCCUGCAGCCAUAGAUUGACAUUAGAGCGCGCUCGCUGCGACAUGUCGUAUUAUACAUAUGCACUUUACAGCAGACAUAGACGUUUGAUUUACGUCAUGUUGACGUCCACAACGUGCUCAUGCUCAAAGUUAAUAACGAGAAACGUUUGCAGAUUAUGAAAACCCAUGUCCUUCGCCGGCUGAAUAUAAGCAACGACGGGUCUACGGGGAAAGACUGGAAGGUUUUUUUAUGGGUUUGGGUGUUGACAUUUACUUUUGUUUGUGCUUAUAUCACACCCGUGGUUUCGGCAUUGUGCACGCCUUGCCCCGACACCUGCAAAUGUAACGUUACGCCUGGCAGACAGUGUGACAUCGACUGUUCUUUCGCCGGUUUGACCACUCUCUCCUCUGCGCUAGAAUUCCCCUCUACCGAGGUCAUCUUCAGAAUAGAUUUGAGCAAUAAUCCAUGGCACUGUGAUUGUCACUUGUUGUGGUUAAAGAAAUGGCUGGACAGCUUGUCAGUCAUUACUGUCCACAACUUGGCUGGAAUAAAGUGCUUCAGUCCAGACAAAUUAGACAAGAAACUACUGACUCAAGUGAAGGAUGAGGAAUUUAUAUGUGAAGCCAUUAGGAAGAAGCGGGCCACAUGUGCACCAUCGCCAAAUCCAGACCAGUUUACAGGCAAUUGUGGUAAUUCUGACUUCCUCUCCUGCCUGUUGAACUCAACAUCUUCUGUCACUGAUCUUGUCCACUUCACCUCACUGGACUCCAUCAUUGACCAACCAGUGACCAUUGGCUGUGAGAUCCAUUGCUAUGACCAGGGAGCUACCCAUUGGACUGUGGUCAACACUGAUCAGUGCCUGUGUGGCCAUCUGACCACUCUCUCAGGAUGCCUGUGUCCUGAUCUGAUUCAUAGCCCUGAACCAAAUAGCGGAGAUAAUUUCUGCAGCAAACUAUAUGUUGGGGGCACAAAACAAGUCUUGUUGUAUAUAGUGGUGGAUAUUGCAGGAGAAAGGGCUUUGAGUCUGCAGGAUGAUGUGGCUUUUACUGUCAAGACAAACAUCAGUCAAGUUGUGGAAUAUCAGUGGCACUUUGGUGACAGCAGUGACAUUUUUGUGUCCCAGAACACUACUUUGUGGCACUAUUACCUUGUACCAGGGCAUUACAAUGUCACUGUCACUUUGGUCACAGCAGGGUCAGAUGUCACUGCCUGGACCAUGGUGGAGGUAUUUGACACUAUCAGAGACACAUUUUUGACAUGUCCUGCAGCUGCAACAGCAGCCAGUGACAUUGACAUUAGGUUGACAGUGGGCAGAGGAAGUCAUGUUGGGGUGACUUGGAGCAGAGAUGGGACUGACCUGGGAAUAACCUCUACCAGUGCUGCCACCUAUGUCAUAGGGACAGCAGUGUUUGAGGAUGUAGUGAGUCAAGUGCAGGUCCUGAGUGGUACAACUAAGCAAGUCACCAUGCUUCCUAAAACUGUUACUAUUUUCCCAGGAUACUGGUUUCAGUCAAAUGGAAAAUUAAGGAAUUGGGAAUUUUAUGUAGAAAGGGUAACUAUGGCAACUAGGCUCCAUCUCCAGGUAUAUAGACCAAGCUGUCCAACUGGGCAGACUUUAAUACCAGCUGGCUGUGAUACACCAUAUGCUGCCUGUGUUGUAUCUCCCCCCUCCUGCACAUCUCAAGCCAGCUCCAACUUCUCUGUUGGAACACAGUACUGCCCCUUGUCUCAGACUUGUAAGCCAGCCAUGGAGCCUUGUAGCUGCAUAACAGUCUCAGGAGUGGCUUCUUGCACUGGUAGCCAUAAUAUUGGAAAAAGAGCAGCUGGUGAUGCAGGUGUUCAAAAAUUGAGAGAAAAGCGAUCAUCCUACAGAGAAUUAUAUAGAGACAUUUUAUUAAAUAAAUUAUGGGCUUCCAAACAGAAUACAAGCAUAGUUGGGACCACCGUCCGUUAUGCUUCAUCCAAUGUAGAUAUUUUCAGUGCCAAAAUCAACCCAUCCAUAUCAUCACAUACACACCUUUCAUCAAUACACUCUUCCUAUGAACGCAGGCACAGGCGUGCCGCAGCUUCACCUCCAUCAUUUCGUUUUCAUGGAGAUCAACCAUUUUACAAACUAAUUGGAGAAACAGUUUUGGCCUUGAACCCAGGUAGUAAGGGUCAUUUCCAGGUGGCAGCACAAUCACUAGAAGUGAAAUCUGGAGAUGUUCUGGGAUUUGAGCACGAUUAUAGCAUUAGCUUGAUAAAAAGUGAGACUGAAACCUCUUCCAUUUGGCAACAAAGUAGUCUGAGUGUUGCAGGGCAAUCUGUGGAGUGGACAAACAUAAAUGGAGCACCUCAGCAUUUUAGAACAAAUGCAGAAUGGAAGGAUGGACAUGUGAGUUUUGUGAGAGCCAUGUAUGAAGAACUUGCUAUACACCAGGCACCUGUAGUUCUUAGAAAGGCUUCUAACUUUUCUGGAGGUAUGCAAUCAGUAGGGGUCAGUCUCCGUAAUGGUCUCUCCAGCAUCAACCAUUCUUGUAUAAUAGACAUUCAAGAAAACAUUGUCAACUUCAGAUUGGUGCAGCCUUUACAUAGUCAACAAGGAAUAUCAUUAAAUUCAAAUGGGACUGUUGUUGUUGAAAGAAACGCUCCAAAUUAUUAUCUCUUCAAAGUUGAUGCUGGAUCUAAUAUCACAGCCAACUGGUCCAUAGAUGGCAUUUUGAGCAGCUUUGGAUCCCAUUGUCCAAGUGCUCUAUCUUCCCAUGUAGAUUGUAUUGCUUCAUCUGGCACUCAGUCUUUUACUGCCAGACAAUUAUCAUUCAGUACACCUACUAGAAUAAAAGUGACAGCAAAAAACAGUAUUAGUUCUCAUGUAUACUCAGUUGACAUAGAAGUUGAAGACAAAGUUCAAGGGCUUCAGGUUUCUCGACAGAACACCAGAGAUGUUGUGCCAAAUGUAACUGAGGUAUUUGAAGCUCAGAUUACCACUGGCAGCAGUGUUAGCUACAUUUGGACCAUAGAUGGCAUAGGUGUAGUUGGAACAGGACAGUCUGUACAGUUAAAAUUUUCAAGUUUUGGUGCUCAGGUAAUCCAUGUGAAUGCAUCUAAUCAAAUUAGCUGGAUGAAUCAGUCUUACACAGUAGAUAUUUUUAUACACGCAGAACCAAAGAAUCUUGUAUUUCAAGCAGCACCAACAUUGGCAGCCACUGGGGAUAAUGUGACUUUUAUUUGUGAAGUAACAGUGAAUGCCUAUACCAAUUUCAGUGUGAUGUGGGAUUUAGGAAGUGGAAAUAGAUCUGAGGUAUCAUUUUCUUCGAACAGUGCCAUUGCCAUGUAUCCCAGUGUGUCAUACCUUUUUCCUGUAUCAGGAAAUUUCACUGUAAUUGUUUACAUAUCUGAUGGGUUAAAGACUGUGUCUGCAACACAUAACAUAGAAGUCAUUGAUAGACUGACUGGACUUGACAUAGCAACUCCUUCAUAUGUAUAUUUGGUAAAUGAUCCUGUUUCUGUUAGUGUCACUCCCAUGGGAAACCUUCAGAACGUUCAAUAUAAUUUCACUUUUGGUACACAGCCAACAAUAUCAACUUCCAGUAACACAGCUUCAACCACUUUCAGUGUGAAGGGGACAUACAAUAUCACAGUGACAGCAUACAAUGGUGUCAGUUUUGUCACAGGUUCCGUUAAAGUUGGUAUUCAAGAACCAGUCAAGGGGUUGUGGCUUGGUUCCAAUAGCCCGACAUUGCUUGGUGACACAACUGUUAUUUCUGCCACAGUUAUUUCAGGGAGCAAUCCAACAUUCGAAUUUCAAUUACCGGAUGGGUCUCCACCAUCUGUAUCACAAAAUUCAACUUUUUCCCACCAGUUUUCUACCCUGGGAUCCUAUUCUGUGUUUGUGAAUGUUUCUAAUGAUGUAAGUUGGGAGAGGAGCAAUAUAACUGUGUAUGUUAUUGGUGGGAAUUCUCUACAGAUUGUAGAAAUUGAAACAUCGCCAUCGUGUGUUGUACCCCCUGGUUCAGUCAACAUCACAGCCAACAUUGUUCACCAUUCUCCAAUAGACCUGUUCUACCACUGGGACUUUGGGGAUGGAAAUCAUGUUAAUGGCAUAGGAUUUCUUAAUACAAACCAUUCUUAUAAUGCACCAGGAUCAUAUGUAGUCACUUUGAAUGUAACCAGUAAUUUUACCAAUGUGUCUCGUUCAUGGGCUGUUUGUGUUCAGGAUCCAAUACAGUCAGUUAUUCUGAAGGCUGAAGGACCCUUUUCUUUGGGAGCAUUAGGAACAGCAGAAGCCAACAUCUCUGUAACUGUUACUGGAGGGUUUGGGCAAAGGUUUAUAUGGAAGUAUGAUAGAAAGGUUGUGGAAAGUCCAUCUUCAGAAUGGUAUGUGGUUAACUUUGAUAAACCUGGUAUUCAUAAAAUUCAUCUCCGUGUUUUUAAUGAGAUCAAUGAAAAAAUUGCUACUGUAGACGUGAAAGUCUUAGAGCCAGUCAGUGGUCUUAGGGUUGUCCAGACUGGUCCAAGUUCAAAUCAUCUGACUAUGCAUCAGCAGUAUGAGUUCACUGCCAUGCUCCAGCAAGGGACUGACAUUACCUUCACUUGGGACUUUAAUGAUAUCAGACCUGUGCCACUUCUAAGAGGACGUGCCAUGAAUCAUACGUUCAGUAUACCUGGCGUUUUUAAUGCAACGGUUAUGGCAGAGAAUCAAGUCAGCAGAGCCGUGGCAUGGAUACAAGUCUAUAUUCAGGAUAAGAUUGCUGGGCUUACAGUUGUGUCUAAGCCUGUAUAUAGAAUGGUCCAGAUUGGAGCCAAAUUGGAGUUGAGUGCUAGUGUCACACAGGGAACAGAUGUACAGUACAAAUGGCAGUAUUGUGACUUAUGCCAGGAGAUUGAAUCACACCAACUGAAUAAGAUAGUAUAUUCAUAUAAUUUGAGUGGGGUGUACACAGUGAAUGUGACAGCAUAUAAUUAUGUGAGCAGCGAAUCUAAGUUGUUGACUGUAGGUGUCUUUGAGUCUUUGACAUCUGUUUCCAUCAACAGCACAUUAAAGGAUGGUAAAUAUGCUGGAGUAGGGGACAAUGUGACUUUCUAUGCCAAUUCUUCACCAGUGAAAAUAGGUGUGGUUUUUACUUGGACAGUACGAAAAGCUGGGACUACACUUGGACAACAUACAGGAGAUGUUUUGACUUUCAUGUUUACUUCCAUUGGACAGUACCAGGUGACCUGUGCAGGUCAAGGUCAUCUGAACUCCAAGGAGGCAGACUUGAUGGUGGAAGUUUUCACUCAUUUUUCCGGGCUCAAAAUUGUUCCACACUUUUUAGCUGUGAAGUACAUGCACAGAGCAACCUUUCAGGCAGAAUUUACCACUGGAGGCAGCAGUGUACAGUAUGCUUGGUAUUUGCAAGACAACACCACCACAAUUCCUUUACCUUUUGAUACCACCUCUAGAAUGUCCCGUGUGUGUUCCCAAUUGGGUCAUUUUACCAUACAAGUGCAUGUGUCCAGUCCAUUGGAAAGUGCCAUUGCCAAUGCCACCUUGAUAGUUCAAAUUCCUAUCAAUGGGAUCAGCAUUGAGACAUCUCCCCCUAUGCCAUACUUUUCCUUAGGACAGACUGUGCGGUUCACAGUGCGUGUGACUAACAGUCAUGCUGGCACAGUAAAGUAUUAUGUUCAACUCACUGAUUAUUCUCCAUCCAAAGUAUUUACAGUGCCAGAAAUACAACACACAUUUAAUAAACUGGGGACAUUUGAGUUUCGAGUGAAUGCAUCCAAUGAAAUCAACACCUUUGAUAGAACAGUGAAAGUGUAUGUUCGACAGCCAAUAUCUGGGCUUGCUGUCAGCUCAGAUAAACAAUAUGCUGCUGUGGGAGAAGCCAUCUCUUUCCAUAGUACUGUGAUAAGUGGAACUGAAGUCAAAUACAGCUGGGAUUUUGGAGAUGGAAGUCAUCUCAGCACUGUCCCCAGUAGUGUGACAUAUUCAUUUAAGUCGCCGGGCAACUUUGUUGUCAUGACAACAGCAGAUAAUGUGAUCAGUAAGCAGAGUGAGAAUGUCAGCCUUAUUAUCCAGGAGAGAAUUGGUGGAAUAGAAAUCUUGGAGUGUUGUGUGAAUGCCUUCCCAGUUGGCAAGCAAACAACAUUCAAGGGGAGUACCAACACUGGCACUGACAUGCUGUUUAGGUGGACUCUUGGUAAGUUGUCAGACCCCAUAGUUCAUAUUGGUGCUGAGGUAACUCAUAUGUUCCCUGAUCCUGGAGAGUACUUUAUCAAAUUGGAAGCCUGGAAUUACAUCAGCUCAAAGAGCAUUUCGUCCACCAUAGAAGCCGAGGUCCCAGUGGAAGAUUUGAAACUGGUCCCCAGGGAUUCCCUCAGCUAUGUCUACCUCAAUGUGACCCUUCAUUUUGUAGCCACUGUUGUAAGAGGGAGCAAUGUCAAGUAUCGUUGGUCAUUGAAUGAUACAAUGGAUGUGACUUAUGAUCAGACGUCUUUCAAUAAGACAUUUUUUAACCCUGGAAUCUACAUGCUGGUGAUCCAUGCUUACAAUAAUGUCAGCUCCUUGACAGAUGCUGUGGAAUUUGAAGUCCAUGCAAUCAAGUGUGAUCCUCCUGUUUUACAAGUGGUUGGAAGUGGAAAUGUGACCUCUUUGAAGUCGAGGAAAUUAUACAUGGAAGUUGAAUUGGACACUUUGGGCUGCACUUCAUAUGAAGUGGAAUUCAAAUGGAUGUUCUUUUCUGAACCCAGUUGUAACUCAAGUCUUGUGACUCCAGUCAGUCUUCCUAGUAGCAUAGUCACUGAUGUCAGCUCACUUGGACUUCCACCAAAGUCCUUAAUGUAUGGGCAUUACUGUGUGAGAAUAACAGCCUCCUAUAAGGAUACAUCACUGUUUUCCCAAGGAUUCAUAGAGCUGGAUAUUGUUCCUUCCACACCCAUUGCUAUAAUCAUGGGAGGUACAGAGAGACUGGCUCCUACCACUGAGGAUUAUUACUUGAAUGCCUUCCUCUCCUAUGAUCCUGACUUUCCAAGAAGUGCACAGCCACCAAUGACUUUCUAUUGGGAAUGUACCAUGAAGUCUGCAUUACCAGGAGCAGCCUCCUUAGGGUGUUUCUCUUCACAGACUUCAAAAUCUCUGACCAUACCCUCUAACACGUUAGUCCCUGAUGAGACUUACCUGUUUACACUGACUAUCACAUCAGCUGGGAGAACUGGAACAGCAACACAGGAGGUCAAAACAGUAGGAGGUCCAAUUCCUCUGGCCAGCAUAGAGUGCUUUUCCUGUAGUGUGUCAGGUACAGACCAGAUCAGCAGCAAUUCUCAUGUGGCCAUGCUGGGUAAUUGUACAAACUGUGCCCAGGGAGAGGCCAUAGAGUAUGGCUGGAAUGUAACCAGAGAAGAUGGACAACAAGUUUCACUGGAUGAGAGCACCACAACAACUGGUGCAAACAAGCCAAAUUUGGUCAUCAGGCGUGGUGUCCUCCAAAACAGUCAGGCACAUACAUUUCAUCUACAACUGAAAAGUAGCAAUAACAUGACAACUUAUGCAAACUUGAAACUUAAACCAAACCAGCCUCCCAGACCAGGAAAAUGCGGAAUUUCUCCAAAUGUUGCCACUGCCUUAGAAGAGAAAGUCAAUGUGACUUGCACUGGGUGGAUUGACCCGGAUGGAGUUGUGCAGAAUUUAGUGUACAGUAUCUUUGCAGAGAACUAUGAGAUGAAUACAGAGAGAUACAGGUUGUACAGAGGUGUAAAACCUUUCCAGGAGAUUGUCUUAUCUUCUUGGCCGGGGUCUGCUUUGAGGAGGAAUGAAGUUCGUUUGCUGGUUUAUGUGGAAGAUGAUAAUGGAGGCAGAACAUGUGGUCUCAAUAGCACAGUUACCAUAAAUGAAGCUCCUCUUAUCAACAAAACCAAAAGCGAGUACCUUUUAGAAACAAGUAAGGAUAUUCUUCCCAGACUUACCACAGUUAGAAACCAAGACAGCCUCCUUCAGUACAUCAUUGCCUUAACUAUGCAAGUCAACAAAGAAUCUCAGGAUGCAGAGCAACAUGGUACCAUAGCAACAGAGCUUACUGUGAGGUCAAAGGUCAGGGAUGAAAUAGCCACUGCCAUCAGCAACUUACCAUUAAAUACAGUGAAGGAUGCGCAGGAUGUGGCUUUCAGUCUACAGCAACUAACAGUUUAUUUGGAUGAAUUUCAAUCCAAGCAAUGCCAAAGGUUGAUAGUCCAGACUCUUGAGCGGCUUGACCAGGUUCUUCAGUCCUCAGUAACUCAAGGCAUGGAUAGUGAUGAAUUUGCCAUAACAUCUCUUUUAACCACUUUAUCCAAUGUGAUUGAGGCUGCCAAUUUGGCUGUGUAUUAUCCUGACAAAGUGCCAGUGCUGACACCUAUUGAACAAACUGUUGGGAAUGGCUCCAAAGGGCUGCCCAACAUUGGGGCCCAGAAGGGGGCCAGUUCUUACACUGAGGAGACACACAGGGAGUACGUGGUGGGGAGAGCAUUGAAACAGACUGAAAAUUUAGUUGCUGUGGUGCUUAGAACACAAGUCUUAAAUGAGAAGGAAGUGACAUUGGCUGUUGGGGAUAUGAAAAUUGCAGGCAGGAGAACAGUGGCCACUGAUAUUUGGCAAGAGAGAAGCACAUAUGGGAUCAAUUUUGUGUUACCCGAUAAUCUUCUAGGGGACUUACAGGCAAAUGAUGAAGUCUUACAGAUAAUGUUUGUUAUGCCCAAGAAUCCAUUUACAUGGGGAUAUGUUCGACCUAUGAAUGUCACUUCAAGGGUGCCUGGUUUAGCUUUUAAAUACCCAGAUGGAAGGGAUAUCACUGUGAACAAUCUAAUGCCUCAUCGUAGGCUGAAAGUUCUUAUGUUUGGCUCCAGUAACCUUAACAGUUCGGCUGUGGUAUUUGAUGGGAGGUUGGUUGGGAGUGCUGCCUAUGAUCCAUUACAGGACAUGAAGUACGUUCGGAGAAGUGUGUUGGCUGAAGAUGGAGUUAAAGUGGUGUUGAAUACUACAGGAAUCAAGGACACUGCUGCAGCAUUGCAUGUACAAAUAAGAUUUACUGUUCGACCAAAUAUGACUGCUCCAGAUAAUUCUGAAAAUGAUGUUUUCCUGGAUGCCUUUCUGGGGAAAAAUUAUGAGCCAACAGCAUCCAAGUAUGAAGAAAAACUUAAGGUAUCAUGGGAAGAUAUGGCAAAAGGCAAGGAUCACAGGAAGUACACAAUCUUUGUAGAAGCAAGCUAUUUUAAUCCCAAUGCCAGCUACCAGUUGGUCCUAGAAAACAGAGGUGUUCACCAUGCUGUUAAUGUGGCCAUUGGACUCUAUGUAACAAGCUGCCAGUUUUACAAUGAACUCAAUAACACCUGGGACACUGGUGGUUGUGAACCAGAUGCAGAAUCUGUGGCAGCAUGCUCAGUGUGCCUGUGCAACCACCUGACCUCCUUUGGUGCUAGUGUGCUUGUCACACCUAACGCAAUUAAGUUCCAGGAUUUGGCUAGACUUGAUAUAAGGGAGAACCCAGUAGCCCUAAUAACAGUGUGUGUAGUUGGUGCAGUGUACAUACUGUGUGUGAUACUAGCCAGGCGGUGGGACCUGGCAGACUUCAUGAAGGUCAGCGUGGUACCAUUGUGUGGCAGAGAUGGUGUCUACAGAUAUGAAAUUGUGGUUAUCACUGGGAGACAGAGAGGGGCAGGAACUUCUGCACAUGUUGGUGUACGUCUCUACGGAGAAAAUGCCAAAAGUGAACCACAACAUUUAAAUCAAGUAGGAGCUUUCCAGAGGAACAGCAGAGAUGUUUUCAUCAUUGCGUCAGAUAUAAACCUAGGAGAUAUCUAUAAACUACGCAUCUGGCAUGACAACACCAGUUUGAACCCAGCUUGGUUUGUGUCAAGAGUUGUGGUGAGAGAUUUACAAACUAACCAGAAAUACCAGUUUAUACUGGACUGUUGGCUGUCUUUGGAGGCAGAGGAACCAACUAUUGAAAAGGAGGUGCUGGUGGCAAAUGCUGAAGAGCUGAACAAUUUUUCCACCAUAUUUGGCAGUGAGGCAUCCAAAGGUUGGUCACAGCGCCACCUAUGGUUGUCAACCUUCGAAAGGCCUACAGGAACAAGUUUUACACGGGUUCAGCGUGUCACCAGUUGUGUCACCUUCCUCUACACCUUUAUGUGUGUUAAUGCCAUGUGGUACGGAUUGCUCAAGACUGAUUAUAUAGAUGUCGACUUGAACUUUGAGAUGGUCUUUGGUUUUGAAUAUUUUUCUUGGGAAGAGAUUGUGGUAGGAGUUGUUUCCAGUGUUAUAGUGUUCCCUGUGAACUUGGUACUCAUACAGAUGUUUGCAAGUAGCAGGCAUAAGCUUACAAGAUUGGACAAGAAGCCACAGACUGCUCAGACCAUAGAAAUAGAGGCUAUGUGUGAGAUGGACUCUCAGGGAGGGAGUUUACUGGAAAAGAAGGGAAGAAUAGCACCACCUGACAUACUGCAGUUGGGUGAUAGGGAAAGCACAGUGGACUCUGCACAGGCCAUUGGACCCCUAAGAAGAACAAAUGGACAGUUUCGCUUGAAGCGUGAAGUGAGUGUAGAUGACAGCUGGAGGGACACAGACUCUGGAAGUGGGAUAUACAGCAACAGGGAUGAUAGCUCUGUCAGGAGCAAUUGCAAUCAUGACAAAAUGUGGGCGUCAUAUGAAGGUAUAAUGAGUUGGCCAGACGGCAUUCCAGGAGAUCAUGUGACCAGUGGGGGCUCCCUGAGAGGCAAACCCUCUUAUAUGCCUCUUGAAAAACUAAAGGAAGAGCCAGAAGAAACUGAAGAAAACGAAGUAGACAAAAAUAUUCUUAAAAGGACCCGUCCUGUCCAGAGAAAUAGCAGCAACAGGCUCCCUCCCAGAGAUGAGGCACAGCUGCCAGAAAGUGAAAGCAGACCUGGGGCUCCUACCCCAGCAACCAUUCAUCGUAAAAGCUGGGACCAGAUCACAUGGCCUUCAGCUAGGUCCAGGUCCUCCAGUCUAAAGAAACAGAGUAGUAUUGAAACAUUUGAAAGCAGCUCAUUUGGUCAGAGUUUACGCUCUCAUGCUAUUAGGUCACUGGGUCGCAGCAUGUCUACCCCAUACAUUCCUGCCCUGCCCUCUGGAAGAACAUGUCGUCUGCCUCACUGCUGUAUCUACCUAGCCUACCUUUUGUGCUUUGCCCUGUCUGGCCUGUCCAUACUGGUCAUACUGCUGUAUGGACAUAAGUUUGGAAGAGAUGUUGCACUAAGGUGGCUAAUCUCCCUAGCAUUUAGUUUUGUUCAGUCAGCUUUCAUAACAGAGCCACUUAAGGUAGUUUUUAUAGCACUUUUCCUAGCUGCAAUUAGCAAGAAACAUGAUCCAACUGAAGAAGGGAAUCUUGAGGUUCUGCCAACAAUUGAAACCAACGAAAAAAUAAAGGAUGUCAAGUUUAAGCCUGUGAGUGGGUUUGCAUUGAUCCAAGCACAAGAAGAGGCGCAGAAGAAAAAGCGUAUUCAUGUCCUAAUCCGGCAAACAGUAGUAUACUUCAUCUUCAUUUGGUUAGUUUUGGUCAUAAAUUAUGCUAAUCAUGACCAAAUGGCUUACCACAUGACUAGAGUCUUAGAUGUUGCUUUUGUGAAGGCUUCAUUUGGGAGUGCAAGGGAAUCUUUUUCUAAUAUCACAAGUGUGGAGACAUUUUGGCAGUGGGCAGACACUGUACUGGCUCCAAGUUUGCAAGGCAUCAAUUUGUAUGAGGAAGAGUUUGAAGGUCAUUUAAUUGGUAAUGUGCAGAUGGUUCAGGUCAGAAACAAACAAGCCACCUGUGAAAUACGUCAAGUGUUUCCAGCCCUUCACCUUUCCACUUUUCCUCCUGGUGGUUGCUAUAGAGACGGCUCAUGGGCAGAAGACAUGGUGGAUUAUAGGGAAGAAUGGAAGCAAAAGAGCAAAAAUGGAACUAACUGGAAAUACUUUUUAGCUGAUGAGAUUGACAGCUUGCCACUUAUGGGUAGGUUACAGUGGUAUCAUGGUGGCGGUUAUGUACAGACAUUACAGCAUGGAGACAACAAAACUCUCAAUGACACUUUGACACAGACACAGUGUCUCAGGGACCAUAGUUGGUUAGAUGAAAGGACAAGAGCUGUGGUAGUGUACUUCACUGUUUAUAAUGCAAAUCUGAAUCUGUAUUCAAGUGCCACAUUGUUGGUGGAAUUUCCUUUGCCAGGUAAGGUAUUGUUUUAUAAGUUUUUAGAGUUACUUCCAGGUUCAGCUGUAACUAGCCAUUGGAUUUCAACCCAUAAAUUACAGGUGUUCAGUGCUGAUCAUAUUGACCCUGUUUUGAUUAUACAGUGUCUCAUGGGUGCUGUGCUUCUAUACCUAAUAAUUCAUACUGCUGUGACUCUAAAACAGCAAGGUUGCUCCUACUUUACAUGGUUUUGGAAUCUGUAUGAGGUGGCAGUGAUACUAACAACAUCAGCAGCAUUAGCUAUGUAUGCAUACAGCCUAUACUUUAACACUGGGGUGGUUGACCAAAGUAACCAGAAGUUUGAUGUUGGGUUAAAAAUCCACAGAGCUUCCUUCUACAACUGUGUGUUGACAGAUCUGAGUGCAUUUCUUCUAUUUUUAUUAUGUUUAAAGCUAACACGGCAGUUCAGAUUUGUGAAGUCCAUGGCAGUGUAUGGGAAAACCCUAAAUGAGGCAGCAACUUACAUCAUGGGUUGCUUUAUUCUCUUGGUGAUAUUUCUGAUCAGUUAUGCAGCAUUAGGAUACCUGUUUUUUGGCACCACAAUGUCAGAGUUCUGUUCCUUCUCCACUUCCCUUCUCACCCUCUUAGCAAGUAUUAGAGGCCAUAACAACCUUGACCAUCUCUAUCAACACCAGCCAUAUUUCACAGCCAUUUUCUUUAUCUCCUUCAAUGUGGUCGCACAUGGUGUUAUUGGAGGUUUGGUAAUGGCGACAGUGCUAAAUAUUUUCAAGGGUGUCAGGGCACAGAUCUUUUACAGAAAUACUCUAGAUGUGCAGGACUAUGAGCUGGUUGAUUUCAUGUUGAAGAGAUUUAAGUUGUUAAUUGGAAUAACCAAACCAAAGCCUGCAUUCAGAAAAGUAAAGUUCCAAGGCAUGCUGUCCAUCUCUAGUCGUAGCACUCAUUCCAGCUACUCCUGCCGCCCUAUCAGCCACGAGUCAGGCUCCAGCUGGGAUUGGUUGACAGAAGGCAACCUGGACAGAGAGGCAUCCACCAUAUCCAAGGCAUCCAUUGGAACAAUGGACAGGACGUGGGGACAGCUUUUGUCUAAGUUUGAGCAGGUGGUUACUCUAGACAAAGAUGAAGCAGAGUUGGACCGACAGGUUGCUCAGCAGUUAUCAAAACCCAGAGCAAGAAGAGACUCCUUUAAAAACAAUGAUAAUACAAAGCAGCAACAACAACAACAACAAGUCUUUAUGGGUGCCAGACAAGUAUCAGAACUCUCACGAAAGUCGGAGAUUUCAAAAAAAUCCAACUGGUCUGCUAUGUCAGCUACAUCUUGGUUAAUCAAGAACAGGCAACAUCCCAAGGAAAAGUCACUCCCAGGUACUUCACAGAGAGAUAACAAUUUUUCAGAGGUUCGGAAAUAUGAAUACAGUAGAGGAAAUACCUCAGGCUCCCUGCCUGCUAGAUACAAUAAAUCAACAACACCUCCUCAAGGGGUUUCUAUAACCCCUCCAAUCUCUGCCACAGAGAGGGGCAUGCUGGGAAGGAGAAGCAGACGACCAAGUAGUGAUCAGGGUGUAAGAGGGGGAGAUGUGGCUCCACCAAAACAAUCAAGACGACAUGUGUAUGGAAAGCCAGCCUGGUAGCAUUUGCAAAUGUGCUGCUAAAGGAAAUGGUACUGUGUUCCUGCAAGGAUAAGUGAUGAAUAUCAAAACUAGAAAGAAACUGAAAUUUUAUGGCGCUUCAGAGUGAGAAGAUGCCAGUGUAUUCUUUAUAAGCAUGGCUUAUGGAUCACUUAAUUUAAGCAAGUGCCAUAUAUUUUAAGUCAGAUUACAGUUGAUUUUCAGUAAAUUUUAAAACCAUACAAAAUACUUGGCAUAUUUUUGAUGAAUAUUUUUUUUAGUUGACUUAUUCAUAUAUUAAAAUGAGUUCAAAUAUUCUUUUCACAAAACCUUUGAUGAUUUGUAUAUCCCGUCAUACUUUAUUAUAGAUACUUUUUUUAUUGCAUAUCGUUGUGUCAUAUUAUUUAGAGAAUUCCUGGCUGGACCAGAGAUCUGAGUUGAGAUUUGUAAAUAUUAAGUUUUAUAUAUUAUAUUUUAAUAGAAUAAUAUGGAGUAUUUUAAUGAACUGUUUAAUAAUAUUUACUUCAGGUUUGGAUGAUUGAGAUGAAAAAAAUAUAUUGAAAUUAGGGUUUUAAACUGAAGAAAUUUCAUUAUUCCCUAAACAUAUUUAUUGUUUAUGUUAUGUCACUGUGAAAAGUGAAAAAAUUACAGUGUACAGAUAUGUUUCAAAUUUUGAUUUAUAUUUUUACUGUUCAUAUUUGGCUAUACAUAGGUAAUAUUGAUGAAUUAUUAAAAAAAAGUGCUAAACAUAUUGUCAUGGAAAAUGUAUAUUUUUGUAAGUUAGUGCUUUAUGAAUGUGAUUGUACACAUUGUAAAUUGUUAAGGCAUCAAUAUAAAUUAUGACAAAUGACCAUGGAAGCACAGCUUUCAUGCUCCAAAUAAACAUAUUAAAUAAU